CAUGAAGUCAACAAGUAUGGCGAACAGAUGGUAGCUUAGCACAGAGAGACAGAAACGUCCAUCGUAUUGCUAACUGCAUCAGCGAUGUUCGGCCAGCCACUGUCCUACACAAAGCCUGACCAAGGCUUCGCAAGGCGAAAUGUGACCUGUACGAAGCCGUGCCAGACUGCAAUCAUAUCUAAGUGUCCAGGAGAUGGCUUGAAGCCCAGGAAAAUGUUUGCAGAACGACGUAUGAAGGAAGAAAGCACUAGAGAAAAGUCAGAAAAUAUUAAAGAAAAUCGUGGGCUCAUCAUUAGACACGAGUUUGACCAAGUGACGAAACGAAAGGGGCAGAUGAACAAACUGCGGCAAGGGGUGACAGCCGGACUCGAGGCUGCAGGGCGGGACCUGGAGUUGCGCAGAGAAAAAUUGCGAUGUAUGCUUCUAGGAGAAGAACAAGCUUGGACAAAGGAGUACGUAGAGAAGGAACAGAGAGUAAACGAGAAGAGACUGGAAGAAAUGAGGCUUAAAGUUGAAGAAAUUCGUAACAAAAGGGAGGCAGAACGACAAAAACUUGUACAAGAGAAACGGAUUCAGCAAUAUUUUGAAAGAUGUGAGGACCUGCGGUCCCUGAAGUCUCAGCGGUUCACAAAGGAGGCAAAGAGAGGACAGGAAUACCAGAUGAAGGAGCAAGAGUAUAUUAAGGAGCAGGAAGGAGAGGUUGAGAGGAUGUGGGCAGAAAUGACCCAGAAGGAAUAUGAGGCCAAGGUUGCUAGAGAAAUUGAAGAGGCGCGGAAGAAAUUCGAGAGGGAUAAGGAAGUUGCUGAGGUUUUGUUACUGCAGCGGAAGUCAAUCGAGGCACAAAUUUUGGAGGAACGUCAGAGGAUCAAGGAUGAGGAAGAGAUGAUGAAAGAGAAAAUUGAAGAAGAAAUAAGGGAAGAAAAAAUGACCGCACUCGAAAACAAGAUUAAGGCCAGAGAGAAGAUGUACAAUGACCUGAUGGAACAGAUAAGGAGACGUGAAGAUUUUCUGAACAGUAUGGCUAAGGAAGAAGAAAUUCUGGAAGAGACGUUCUGCCAAGUGGCGCAAGACGAACUUGAAAAGGAACUAGCGUCCAGGAAAGAGUACAGAGAAGCCCAGAAGCGAGAAUGGAAUUUGUAUCGCGACAGCGUAGCACAGCUACGAAGACAGAGAGCAGCUGAAGAAGCAGAACUAGAGAAAAUUCUGCAACAGGAGAGAAAUAAAAUAGAGGCAGAGAGAAAGGAGAAACUGGCGAGACUUGAAGCGGCCCGCCAGAAACUCAAGGAUGAAGUGUUGCAGGGGAGAAAGGUUCAGGUGGAGCAUCAAAAGGAGAUGGCAGAGAAGCUGAAGAAGGAGGAAGAGGAGGAGUUCAAGUUGCAAGAGUUGGUGAGGCUGGAGAACGCACGGUUAACUGCUGAACACGAUAAUCAGAUCAGACUCCUGAAGCGGAAGUACGCUAAGGACCUCAGGGACCAAAUCGAAUACAGCAAGAUGCUCAAGGCUCGAGAAAGGGAGGAGAUAGAGCGAGACUGGAAGGCGGGUCUGCUGGAAGAAGAAUGCUACAAGCGCCUUAUCAAAGAAUUGCUGAGCAGGCGCGAAGAAAUCGAGCCUCACCCAUUCUGGAGAAUUAUAGAUGCUUCUGCUAGUCUCGACGGGCCUUGCAGAUGCUCAGUACCUGAAGCCAAAGAAGGUGGAACACAAAGGCGCUGAAGUCGCAACACAGCGGAUAGAUUUCUGCUAAAUUUCAUUCUGACGCAUCAACACACUGUGCUGUCACUGAACUAGACAAUUAACUUGGAUUUUGUAAAUUUCAAUAUAGCCAUAUACUCGUAUAUUUGUGUGGGUUUUGAAGAUUUAUAUUAAUUUGUAUUAAUACAUAUAU